GUUGACCUCGCCAUUCGGGAGCAGCGAGAGGGUGCUUCGGGUGCGAAAGGAAAGACCGGCACGAGGGCCUUUAUGGCUAUUGGGGCGUUGCUAGGCGAGCAACAUUCAUUUAUGCAUGACCUAGAGUCGUUCUUCUGGGUCCUGUUUUGGAUAUGCAUUCAUUAUCAUGGGGAUGGUGAAGAUGUUGGGCCAACUGAGUUUGAUAAUUGGAACUAUGAAAGUGAUAAUAACUUAGUGCGGGCUAAAAAG